UUCUCUACAAGAAUUUUCCGCAUUCUCAUUUUUUCACCGCCGCUGUUCGACACAAAUUGAGAGUCGGUUUUUAAGAGUAAAAAGUUGCACUAUUUAAUCUGAAAGAAAAAAAUAAAAUAGGCGAAAUGGGCGUGCAAGUUAUACCUAUUAGUUCCGGUGAUGGCAGCACAUUCCCCAAAACAGGACAGGUGGUCUCUGUGCAUUAUACCGGAACAUUGGACAAUGGCACUAAAUUUGAUUCUUCACGCGAUCGUAAUAAGCCCUUCAAGUUUACACUUGGUAAGGGGGAAGUAAUUCGCGGUUGGGAUGAAGGUGUCGCUCAACUAUCUGUAGGUCAACGCGCCAAACUUGUCUGCUCGCCGGACUAUGCAUACGGAAGUCGUGGACAUCCUGGAGUUAUCCCACCAAAUGCUACUUUAACUUUCGAUGUAGAGCUAUUGAAGGUUGAGUAACUUGGUCCACUUCUAAAUCAGUGUGGUAUAAUUAUUGAUUAUGAAUAAGAGUAGAGAAAAAAUGCGCAGAAAUGCGAGUUAGAAAUAGUAAAAUUACACAUUUAUCUCAAUUCAAUUAAAAACCUAUGGCUUACAUAUGUAUUUAACUAAAAACACAUUUAUCCAAACGCAAUGAGCGUGAAAAUACUAUGUACAAAAGAAAUACAAAUAGAACAGAAUGAUUCUUCUAAGGUUUAUAUAAAAAAUAAUGUUUGCGAGUAUUCGAAAUAUUUAGGUACAUGCUUAUAACGUACAAGCAAGGAAAUUGUACCAUUUUUAUUAAACGUAAUCAAAAAGUAUGGUUUUCGGAAAGAAUUUUCAUGGUAGAUAUGUUGGAAUCUUCAUUGAGUAUCUGAAAUGCAUUUAACGCACCAUAACAAAAAAUUUUACUAUUAAAUGUUCUUUUACUUGUAGUGUUAUAAAAUCCCGAUUUCUAUCUUGCUAACUGUAAUUAUUUCAAUGAUUAUAAGCAAAAAAUUAUACCAGUGUAGAAAGUUGAACAAAUAAAUUAAUGAAAACAUA